AUGCCUUCAACUCCACGGUUCAAACGUCAGCGAGACCCCCAGACGCCGAGAUCACAGAAGAAGCGUCUUCCGAAGGGCCGUUACAGCGAUGGUCAUUGGUGGUGCAAUUGUGAGCCUCGUCAAAAGGCUACACUACGUGAAGUCAAGAAGAUAGGACCCAACAAUGGCAAGCUUUUUUGGAAAUGCGAUGACUGCAACUUCUUUCUCUGGAGAGAUGAGGCUAAAACUCGCGAGAACGGUCUGAGGACCCCCCGAAAAAGUGAUGACUCUGCCAGAUCCGGACCUCCUCCCAUGACCCAGCAAUCUCUUGUGACAUAUGGCUAUCGAGUUACUCCUAGGCGACACCAGAGUAACGAAGAUUCUGCUGAUAGCACAGAGUCUGGUGAAGACUCCGAGCCCAAUACCCCUAUGCCAAAGUCUACCAUGAACCGAAUACAAGCUUCGGGUUCUUCAAAAUCGUCUACUUUGCCAUCAGCAGCUGUUGAAACGCCGUCUCGUGGACCGGUCAAGAGACGCCGGGACAUUUUUGAAGAGGAUGACGUAGAGUUUAGUGAUUUAGGAUCGGAUGAGGAGCGUCAGAUGGCUGCUAUUGCGGACAAAAGUGCUGAGAAGGCUGUCCAGAAACGAUACACUACGCCUAGCACUUCGCGCUCUACCGAUGUCAUUUCGGGGUUGCCAACACCUUCUGUUUCGCGCACCCUAUUUCCUACCAGCGAGUCGAAGAGACAAAAGCAAGUCUCCUUCGAAGAAACCCCUUCGCGGUACACUGAUACCAUGUCAUCCGCUACCGUUUCGGCCAACACAACACCCUCGAAGACACCAUCCAGACAGCAAGGGCUUCCUCCAAGUAGCCCUCUUGAGAAAGACUACGACGUAAUGGAUGGGGUCAUGAGCCUUUUGCGAGGUCAAAAAGUUGACCCAAAGAUCCUGUCAUCUGUGCAAAAUAUCCUGACCACUGCCGCACGCCAAACCAAGGGUAUCAUGCUGGGACGUGAUACCGCCCGGGCAAGUCUCAAGGCCAAAGAUGAGAAGAUUGCGACCUUACAGGAGCGAAUCACAGCAUUGGAGAAUCGCGAAAAGAUGCACAGAAAACAGAUGACGGACAUCAAAGCUGGUUUGAUGAAAAUGUACGACGACAACUGA